CAAUCACCCGUUUUUAAUUCUCUCUUAGCAAGCAGAGAAAAAAAAAAGAUUUUCUUUCUUGUUCGUUCAAAGGAGUUUUCCCGAGAAAAUUAAAUCCUUGUCUUAUAACCCAGAUCUAAGGAUCAUCGCCCGAAAUUCUUGCCCAUAAAUUUGUUCCUUUUAGAUUCUCUUCUACAUAAGCCCUUGUACCGGAGCAAUCAAAGUAUACCUUUUCCCCCUAUCUUUUAUAUUCCUAAAACUUUGAUUUCCUAAAAAAUUUCUUUACUUUAUCCUACCUAGAAAAUGCAGCUUGAUGGUCCCAAAAAGUUUUCUCCCUUUGUUUAUCCCUUUAGUCACUAAAGAAGUUAACGAUUUUUUUCUUCUAAAAAGGGUGGCUUUGUAAGGAUUUUAGAACUGGGUUUUGAUCUUUGGAAUUGAUAGAUUAGAAUUUUAAUGGAUCUGGUAGCUACUUUAAAGAGAAGGGAAUUAAGUCAAUUUGUCAAUAUCAGUAAAGUGAAAUAAGAGGGUAAGGGUGUUUUUAUUUCCCUUUAUUUUGUUAUAGUUGAGUGUAAAAAGUUUAUUAAGAUUAGAGCAUGGAACAUAUUAUUGGCGGAAAAUUCAAGCUUGGUCGGAAGAUCGGGAAUGGAUCGUUUGGUGAACUUUAUUUAGGCGUUAAUGUACAAAGUGGAGAGGAAGUGGCUGUUAAGCUGGAACCUGUCAAGACCAAGCAUCCUCAACUUCACUAUGAAUCAAAGCUGUACAUGAUUCUUCAAGGAGGGACGGGUAUUCCUCAUUUAAAAUGGUUUGGAGUUGAGGGUGAAUACAGUGUUAUGGUCAUUGAUCUUCUUGGGCCAAGUCUGGAAGAUUUAUUCAACUAUUGCAAUCGAAAGUUCUCUCUAAAAACGGUUUUGAUGCUUGCGGAUCAGAUGUUAAAUAGAGUUGAGUAUAUGCACUCUCGUGGUUUUCUUCACCGUGACAUAAAGCCUGAUAACUUUUUGAUGGGUUUAGGGCGCAAAGCAAAUCAGGUAUAUAUAAUUGAUUAUGGCCUUGCAAAAAAGUAUAGGGAUCUUCAAACACACAAGCACAUACCAUACAGGGAAAACAAGAAUCUAAUAGGAACAGCUCGGUAUGCAAGUGUUAACACUCACCUUGGAGUUGAGCAAAGCAGGAGGGAUGAUCUUGAAUCUCUUGGUUAUGUGCUUAUGUACUUCCUUAGGGGAAGCCUUCCAUGGCAGGGCUUGAAAGCUGGCACCAAAAAGCAGAAGUACGACAAGAUUAGUGAAAAGAAGAUGCUUACCCCCAUAGAGGUCCUUUGCAAAUCAUAUCCUUCUGAGUUCACAUCAUACUUCCAUUAUUGUCGAUCACUACGGUUUGAAGAUAAACCAGAUUAUUCAUACCUGAAGAGGCUGUUCCGGGACCUUUUCAUUCGAGAAGCUUAUCAGUUUGACUACGUAUUUGAUUGGACUAUGCUGAGAUAUCCGCAGGUUGGCUCUAGUUCAAGAGCACGGCCAAACCCAAAGCCAGGUUUAAAUCCCCCAGGAGUAUCUGCUGAAAGAACUGAAAGGCCUGCAGUUGGCCAAGAGAUUCGUGAAAGGUUUUCUGGUGCUGUUGAGGCAUUUGCGAGACGGAAUGGAUCUGGGCAUGGUGAUCAAUCUCGAUACAGAUCUUCAGAUGAUGUGCCAUCAUCCAAGGACGUGCAACCUGAUUCUGAUAGAGCUCAGUCUUCCUCGAGAAACGGUAGUACUUCAAAGAGGCCUGUUAUUUCAGGUAGCCGGCUUGGCUACUCUGGUGAGUCUAGUGAAAACCGGUCUGGCAGAUUGGUCUCAAGCGGCAGUUGCCUGUCAAACACUCAGAGAGUCCAACCCGGUUUUGAAUCCAAAUCAUCUUUUACUCCUGCUGCAGCCACGAAUGGUGGUCGCAUUGAUGCCCUUCGGAGCUUUGACUUCUUGACAAUCGGAAGUGGGAAAAGGAAAUAAAUGGCAAAUGCAUCUAGUACUCAAGGAUUUGCUUGUUAUGAAGGAGAUCUCAGCACAAUAACAGUAUUUACAAACAGUGUACUCUGUAUAUCUAUGACCUUGGUUUGGUUUCAUCCACAACUGCAACAAUCUCCCCGAAGAAGUUACUCUUCGGGGGAAAAUUCGUCAAACUGCUUCCUCGUGCACCCUUUAUCAGGUAUUCUUGCCAUGAACAUGCCUCUAGAGUAUCAUUAAAGAAAGAAAUGAUAUCAUGGUCAUCACCUCAGGAAAAUUGUUGGUAUAUUUCCAAGUUCCAACUAUUUUCUAGCUGUAAUAAGCACU